GAGAGAGAGAGAGAGAGAGAAACAGAGAGACAAGUUAUAAUUUUCCUUUGUGCCUAUUCGCAGUUAUCACUGCCACAAUAGUCGUCACACAACCAAUCUCUUCAGUUCAAUAUAUGUAUAUCAAUUCUGGAGUGAGGAGUGUAGGUCUAUUUCAAGUACUCAAAAGCCAAAAACCAUUUCUAGAGAAAGACCACUCACGGUAGGGUUUUUGGGCACUCAGCUCUUGUUCUUGCUCAUCAACUCUACGAAUCCCAUCACGGGUUCUACUCUUUUCGCUUGAAAAACCAAUUGCACUCAAUUUUCUAAUCAGAUUUUUAGCUUCUAAAUCCUGGGUCUUCGUUGAUUUGAUGAUUCCCCUGUUUCAUUACCAUUCUUGCGCGAUACAGAGAGAUUCAGCAUUUUCCCGAGAAAAUUGAGGUUUUCUGAUCUGGGUUUUCUUGUUCUUGGCUCAUUGCUUUUGUUUCUUGUUUCAAUCUAAUGGAGGAAGAUCAAGAACACAGGUUUGUUUGCAAGAUUUGUAGCAAGAGUUGCUUUAGUGGCAAGUCCUUGGGAGGUCACAUGAGGGGUCACUUAGCCUCGAUUUCAGCUAAAAAGCAUGAAGAUCAUCAAAAUGGUGAGAAGGUUUUAAGGGUUUCUGAUUCAACCCAGAAGCUAGAAAAGCUCAAGAAUGGCGAUUUGGGUCUCGAAGGUGAUUGUCAUGGAAGCUAUGGCCUGAGAGAGAACCCUAAGAAGACAUGGAGGGUUUCAAAUCCGAAACAGAGUGUUCAUGAAGAGAAACUAUGUAAAGAAUGUGGGAAAGAGUUUCCCUCUUUGAGAGCUCUCUCUGGUCAUAUGAGAUGUCAUUCAAUCAAAGACAAAGAAAAUAUAUGCAAACAAUGUGGAAAAGGGUUUGAUUCAAUGAGAGCUCUGUUUGGUCAUAUGAGACAUCACACCAAAAGAUCUAGGCUCUCGAAUGAAUCUCCAAAAGAGAGCCAAUCGGAGUACGAAACUGCAUGUCCAAUUCGGAGAAAGCGAUCAAAGACAAGGUACAAGAUUACUGGGAAUUUUGCUUCAUCUAAUUUGAAUUCAUCUUCAAAUGUUUCUGAGAUUGAUGAAGUAGAAGAGGCUGCUAUGUGUUUGAUAAUGUUGUCUAGGGGGGUGAUAAAUUGGGCUGAGUUUAAUUCAGUCUUGGAGUCUUCUGAAAACAAUUCUGUGAUUUUUGAAGCUAAAUCGGUGCAUCAAAGUGAAAAAUUAGUAUCUGAUGUUGAUGAGACUUGGAAGGUGAAGAAACUGGGUGUGAAAUUCGAUUCUUGUGUUUCGUAUUCUGGGAAUUCUGUGUUUGAAAAGAAUGAAUCUGAAUUGGGUGAAUUUGAUUCUGGGUUUUUUAGCAAGAAUAAAAAGAAGGCUGAAUUUGAAGUUUCCAUUGAUGGGUUUCACGAGGGUGAUAAAUUCAAGAAGCCUGUAGUGGAUGAUGAAUCUGAAAUCAAGAAUGGAAGUGAACCUACUGAAGUAGAAUUGGAGAAGGGUUUGAUGAGAGAAGUCGUAUUGGGUCAAGCUGACUCAGAAAUUUUGAAGUCUAAUUCAAGCAAGGAAGCUGGUUUUGAUGUUCAAGAACCUGAAUUGGGGGCCGGUUUUGAGGUUCAAGAUCCUGAAUUGGGGGAAAAUUUGUGUGAUGAAAUAAACUUUGUUGCUUCUACUUCUGGGAUUUUUGAGGAUUUUCAGAAGAAACGCGAGUACACGUGCAAGACCUGCAACAAGAUCUUCCACUCUUACCGAGCACUUGGAGGCCACCGAGCUAACCACAAAACUAUCAGCAGUAGUGAAAAUAGGACUGUUGAGGCGAACAUUUCACCACUGACUAACACUGAAGCAAAUUCCAAGCUUGAUAAGCUUGAAUGCAAUGAGAAUGCAGUUGAGCAUGACAUUGGUUUGGGAGCUAUGACAAGUUACGAGUUAAAGAAGAGCAAAGACCACAAAUGCCCGAUUUGCUUCAAAGUUUUCACAUCAGGACAAGCCUUGGGAGGUCACAAAAGGGCUCACUACAUUGGAUUCUCAGAAAACAGAAACACAGAAAGUGUUUCAACAAAGCAGGAGGAGCUUCCUGAUAUUCAUAAUAGCAUUUUCGAUCUUAACGUCCCAUUAAGUCUUGAAAGUGAAGUCAAUGAUGAUGAUGUUGUUGUUGGGUUCAAGCCAUGGUUGGUUGGGAGUGAUCACGAGCGCGAGCCGCUGCUGAUCUCUAACUGAGCAGACUGUUUCUCCUUCCAUGGUUUCCAUGAAUUCAAGAGUGUAGAGACAACUAGGAUGAUAAAACCAAGUUUUAGGAUCACCAACGUAGAGGUAAAAUUUUCGUCUUGUUUUCCCUUCCAUUUUCUUGGCUACUUUUGUUUCUGUUUGUUCUUGCAAAACAGGAGCUCAUUGAUGAUCUUUCUUUGGAAAUUCAAAAUUGAAAUUGAAAUCUGUGUC